AUGAAGAAUAAUGAAAGAGAUAAAAAAGGAGAACCGACAAGUUUAUUUUAUUACGAGAUAUACAAGAAGUUAUUUAUUUAUUAUGAAUGUGCAAUAAACGAGAAUGAGAGAAAAAAUAAAAAGUUUUUAAGAAGAAAAAAGAAAAGUAUAGAUGAAUUAAAGAAAUUACAAGAUGAUUUGAUAAUAUUUUUUGAUAAUAAUAUCGAUUUAAUGUGUGAUCCUUUUUAUUUUUUAACAUAUGAAGAAGAAGAUGUAAAUAAAAAUGAAUUAAAGAAUUAUAUUAUUAAUCAUUAUCCUAAAUUAAUAAAUAAUAUGGAAGAAAUAAUAAAAUGUUCGAUUAUAUUAAAUAGGAAUGCUUAUUAUGUGUGUACUUUAUUUAAUGAUGUAUAUUUAAAAAUAGAAAAGAGUAAUAUAAAAAAUGAAAUAAUGAAAUGUGCUUAUAUAUCUGAAGUAUUUAAAGAAUGUAUAGAAAAAGAGAAUUUAAUUAUUAUGAUAUAUAUGGAAAUAUUAAAAUAUUUAAAUAAAAAUGAAAGAAUAGGUAUAUCAUUAAAUAAUAAAAAUGGUGAUAAGUAUACAAAAUAUGAAGAAACUAAUAUAAGUUCUGAUAGAGAUGAGAAUAAUUCAAGUGAUGAUGAUGAUGAUGAUAAUAAUAAUAAUAAUACUAAUGGAUUAAUAAAAAAAAAUGAAGAAGUAAAAACAUCAAGUGUUCAUAGUACUACAUCUAAUAUAAAUUCAUUAACUAGUUUAAAUAUAUCUAAAACUAUUUAUGAAAAUAAUAUAAAUAAUAAUCGUGUUAAUUCAGAUCGUUUUUCAUUAUAUAUAUUAAUUUUAUUAACACAGAAUGAUUUUAUAGAUAAUAUAUUUAUAGAAAUAGAUAACAUUAUUAAAUUCUUAAUUAAAUAUGAUGAUAUAUGUGAUCAAAUAGAUUAUGUAUUUAAUUAUAAAACACAUAAAAUUAAUAUCCUUUUUAAUUUAUUAGAUAUUCUCUUUUUAUAUUUUUCUAAAUUUCAAGCUACUACACAAGUUAUCUCAAGAAUAUUUAAAUUAUUAAAUCAUCUAGUCUCAUCAAAAUAUUUCGAUUUUAUGCCUACUGAUCAAUAUGUUAAGGAGUUAGAUAAUAUAUUAUUCUGGACAGAUAUCAAAAAAAAAAAAAAAUUCUUUACAUAUCUAAAAAAUAUUAGAAGUAAUAAAAUUAUAUCUCAUAUUGAUGAUUAUUAUAAAUUGGAUAUGAAUAUUUCAGAUGAUCCUUUUAUGAAUAAUUUUAUUGAUUUUAAUGAUAUAUCAACAGGAAUAAAAAAUAAUGCGCAAGAUAUUAACAUUAAUAUUAAUAGUAAUAGUAAUAAUAAUAAUAUGAAUAGUAAUAAUAAUAAUAUGAAUAGUAGUAACAACACCAUGAAUAGUAGUAGCAACACCAUGAAUAGUAAUAGCAACACCAUAAAUAGUAGUAAUAACUCCAAUCUUUUUAUAAACAAUAAUUCUAUCCCUAAUAGCAAUAAUUUAAUCACACAGACAUUGUCAAAUUCUAAUCUAAGGAAUGAUAACAAUGUCAUAAAAACUAAUGAGACGUCGACAAGUAGCAAUAUGAAUAAUAAUUUUUUAACAACCCUAAACACACAACAAAACAAUAAUGCUAUAAAUACUAAUAUGUUAGCAAGUAAUCAAGAGAGGAAUGAAAAGGAAGGUGUAAACACAAGUGGAGGUGUAAAUAAUACAAGUUGUCAAUUAAUAAGAGAUAUUCCUUUUGAUAUAAAUAAUUUAUGGAAAGAUAAAAAAAAUUGGAAUAUUUAUGAUCAAUAUAAUAAAAAUUAUAAUACACUUGAGAAGUGUAUUGAUUGUAAUGGUUACUGGUAUAGCUGUAAUUGUAGCUUAUCAGAUUGUGAUAUAUCUAGUUUGACUUUAACUACUCAAAUAAGUUUAUUAUUAAUAUUAUGCUUAUAUCCAAAUAUAGAUAGAUAUGUAUAUGAAAAGAAAAAGAAAAUAAGUUCUAAUGUUUUAUCUAAUAAUAUAAAUAACAAAUCUAGUGAUGAUAAAACAAGUGAUACUAUAAAUGAUGAGAAAGAAAAAAUGAACUUUUCUAAUUUUUAUAGUCCUGAUAUAUGGAAAUACAAUUGUAUGAGUACACAAAAAGAUUUAAAACAUUUAUUAAAUAUAAAAGAUAGUUAUUCUGUAAGUACAGAUUUUAUUAAUGAAAAUGUAUCUUAUUAUUAUCAGUUGUUUACCAAAAUUUUUGAAAAAAAUAAUAAAAAAAAAAAAAAUAUAAAAAUGGAAAAUAAUAAUAAUGAUAAUUUUUGGAAUUAUAUAAAUAAGAGUGGUAAUAAUAUAUUAUUAAAAAAUAAUAAUAUUACAACAAAUAAUUAUAAUAAUAAUAAUAAUAGUAGUAGUAGUAGUAGUGAUAGAAGCUGUAAUGAAAAUGUGAUUAUUUUAAAAUAUAUGGUAAGUUUAUUUACUAAUAAUAAAGAUGAAAUAUUUUCAUCCAUUUUUGAAGAUAAUUUUUUUAAAGUUUCAUAUGAUAUGAUAUUAAAAAAAAUAACAAGUGCUACAUUAAUAGGGACUUUAAUAUUUCAUUUAUUUCAUAUGACAUUUUCUUUUUCAUUUAUAAAAAAUUACAAAACAACAGAUCUAUGGAAUUCUUUAAUUGAUUAUCAUAUAAAGAAAGAUUUUCAUUUAAAAAAAAAAAGAAAUGAAAAUACAAGGAAUUAUAUGAUUGAUCAGAAUGAAGUGGAUUUUAAUGAGGACAGUAUGAAUAAUAAGGGUAUGUUUUAUGAUAGCCAAGAUUUUGUUAAUAUGAUGACUAAUGAUAAUAAAACAUUUGAUGAUAAUAAUAAAACAUUUGAUGAUAACAAUAAAAAUUAUGGUGAUGAUAUUAAAAAUUAUGAUGAUGAUAUAUAUUUAAAUAAAAAAAUUACUCAUAAGAUGAAAAAUAUGGAUGAUAAUAAUAUACAUUUAGAUAGUUCUUAUUAUAAUAAUAGUAAUAAUAUUAUUCAUAUAUAUAAAAAGAAAGGAGAAUAUUUAAUUGAUAUUCUUAAUUUUUUAAAAAUAUUAUGUAAUAACUAUCCACGAUUAGUUAAUAAAUAUGUAUGUAUAUUAAAAAAUAUUAUUAAUAGAUAUCAUUCACGUAUUAUGGAAUUUUCAGAGAUAGAUGAAACAAUUUAUCAUCAUACAUUAGAACAUAUUAAUCAAGAUAUAGAUUCACGAGGACAUGCAGAUGAUAUAGAAAAUGAAUUUUAUCAUCAUCAUCAUCAUGGACAUAUAAAUAAGAAACAUUAUUCUGGAAAACAAAAGAAAUUUUAUAAUAUAAAUGAAGAAAGACGUAUGAUUCUUAUGAAAUAUAGAAGUUUAAAAAUAGUAGCAGAAGAUAAAAUGAAAUUAUGUUUAGAUUUUUAUUCAGAUAUAUUUGUGCAUGUACUUGAUUUUGCAUCUGUAUUAUGUAAUAAUAUAUAUGAUUUAAGAGUAAUAGAAAAUGUAGUCUUAUGUUUUAAAACACCUCUUACAGCUAAUCUAAAUAUAUUUAAUCUGACUAAGAAAUUAUUUAAUCAGUUUAAUUGUGUACUCAAUGGGAAGUAUCAUGAAUUUUCUAAAAUAACAAAUAAACAGCAUAUGCAUGAUAAAACAAGGAAUAAUCAUAUGAAAAGUGAUUUAGAUAUAAUGGAUUAUCAUAUAAGUAGUAUGAAAAGUAAUCAGCAUAAUAAUAAUAUAAACAAUAUAAAUAAUAUUAACAAUAAUAUAAACAAUAAUAAUAACAAUAGUAACAACCAGUUUAAUCGUAUUAAAUUUCAUAAAGAUCUUUAUAAAAUAUUGUUAGAAAGAAAAAUUAUUAAUUCUAAUCAUAAGAUGUCAUCUUUACAAGACAGAAAAGAUUCUUCAAAUAUAAACUAUGAUGAUUAUGAUCAUGAGAUGUUCUCAAAUUUUUAUUUCAUAUAUCUGUAUUAUUUCAAAAUUAAUUUAUUAGAAAAAAUAUUUGAACAGAACAACUUCUUAAAAGAUAUUUUAAGAAAUUACAAUAUAUUAGAUAUGUUAGAAAAAAAUAAUGUAUAUCUAAAUAAUUUAAUAAAAGAAAAUGGAUUAAUUGAAAAACAUUUAAAAGAUAAAAAGAUUUUUGAAGCAUGUCCUCAAUCAUAUGAUAUAUUUAAUAAAAUGGUAUUAUUAGAAAAUGAUGAGUAUUCAAAUAGUGUUAGAGAUGCAAAUAAAAUACUUAUGAACAUUGAUGACAAUAAUAAUAAGUUGAAAUCGUUUGUAAAUUUUAAAGGAUUGAAUGAGAUACAACAACAUGUUUUAAAUGAAUUAUUUCCAAAUGUUAAUAUGACAAUUAAUUCGAAUAUUAUUCAAUCAAAUAAUAAUAUAAAUAUGGUAAAUAAUUUAGGACACUCAAGUGGAGUCACUUCCCUGCAAGGUCUAAACGAAAAUAUAAAUGGAAAUAUAAAUGGAAAUAUAAAUGGAAAUAUAAAUAUAAAUGCAAAUACAAAUAUAAAUGCAAAUACAAAUAUAAAUGCAAAUACAAAUAUAAAUACAAAUACAAUCACAAAUACUCAUCCUUCUAACCAUAUUAGUGAUCAUCCUUUUGGAGAUAAAAGUUUUCUAGAAAAUAUCCUGAACGAACAGAAUUGUAUCAACUAUUUACUCAUAGAAAAUAAAUUAACAGAAAAUUUAUUAAGAGAAAAUAAUUUUUUAAAAUGCGAAUUUAAUAAAUACAAUAUUGUUGAUUUAUUUUAUAAAAAUAAAAUAAGCGAAACAUUAUUAGAUAAUUUAAAAAGUAUUAUGUUAAACGAAUAUGAUUUAUUAGAAAUUUUAUCUUAUGAAAAAAAAUUUAAAAAUAUGAAUCGUAAUGUAGAUGGUUCUUAUAAUGAUAAGGAAGCCAUACAAAUAUUUUUUGAUGAUAAUAAAGAUGCUAUAGAUUUUUUUAAAGAAAAAAAAUAUCAAACAAGGAUGUUAAAAAAUAAUAAUCAACAACAUCAUUAUGAUGAUGAUGAGGAGGAGGAGGAUGAUGUUAUUGAUGUUGAUGGUGAUCAUUAUGAUGACAAUGGUAAUAGGAUUCUUUUGAAUCAUCUUCAAAAUAAUAAUAGUUUAAUGAAUAGAGCAAAAAUAAUAUUAAGAACAGAAUUAGAAUAUGAAAAGAAACAUAUAAUGAUUGAUACUCAUUAUUUAUUAAAAAAUAUAUUUGAAAGAAAUUUAUAUCCAUAUAAUUGUUUAAAAAUGUUAGAAAAAUGUUUAUUAUUUUUAUCCUCAGUAAAUAAUAAUAAGUUAUGUUAUUAUUUACCUAUAAAUAAAAAUUUAUUAAUUGAUUAUAUUUUAUUAGAACAAUAUGAAAAUAAUAAUUCAUCAUAUGUUAAUAUAUCUAAAAAAGGAGAUGAUAAUAAAAUGAAUCAUAAAGAUGAUAAUUAUAAUAAUAGAGAUUAUGAUGAUGAACACGAAGAAGAAGAAGAACAGAAUCGAUUUUUUAAAAUAAAAAAUAAAAAAUAUAAUAAUUUCUUAUCAUUAUUAGAUAUACAAAAUAUGGAUAGUACAACAAAUUAUAAAAAUGUGUUUAUACAUAAUUUAAAUAUGUGUAAUAAAAUUAAAGAAGGAAAAGAAAAAAAUAUAAAACAAUAUAAAACAAUGCAUUUGCUUGAUAUUUUAUAUGAUAUUAUUAAAACAAAAUAUAAUUCAUCUGUAGAUAUAAGUAAUUUAAAAUGUAUAUGUAUAGAAAUAUUAUGUUCAAGCUUUGUAAAAAAUUCUUCUUCUGCAUUAUCAGUUUUAUGUUCAUUAACUGAAAUAUUUCCAGAUAUCUUUAUGGAAAAUAUGAAAAAAUAUACAGAAAAUAAUGAUAAUAUAAAAAAAAAAUUAGAAUUUAUAGAUAAACAAUUAUUAAUAGGUCAAAUGAAAUAUGAAACACUACAUCAAAUAGCAUCCAAUUUUGUUCAACCAACAUAUAAUUUAAAAAUUAUUAUUACAUUUAUGAAAUGUGUUAAUUAUUUAUUAUAUAUGAUUGGAAUAAAGAGAAAAUUUAAUAUGUCCUUAAGUAAAAUAUGGUAUUUCUUUAAUAAUAUAGAUAAAAUAGAAGAAAUCGAUCAAAAAAUUAAAAGAAGAAAAUUAUAUCAUGCAAAUAAACAAAACAUGGAAUCACAAUAUUCUAAAACUGGAAUGAAUCAACAUAAUUAUUAUCAUCAAAAUAAUAAAAAAAAAGGUUCAUCGAGUUAUGUCUUUUUUGAUAUAUUUUUUAAUUUCGAUUUAUUUUUUGAUGAAUUAGAAAAGGAAGAUGAUUACGACGAUGACGGUGGAGCAUAUAAUGAUCAUGUAUAUAAUAAUAAGAAUAAUAGAGGAAAUAAUAAAACUAACAACAACAAUAAUAUUGACAAUAAUAAUAAUAUUAAUGUGAGUGAGUAUAGUGGUGGAAAAUAUAAUAGAGAUAUGUAUUCACAUAAAGAUCAUAUAUUAAAUAAUAAUAAUAAUAAUAAUGAUGAUAAAUUAAAUGAUUUAUCAUGUAAUAAUAAUAAUUAUAAUAAUAAUUAUAACGAAUAUGAUGAUAUUUAUGAUAAUUGUUUAAAAAAAAAAUUAAUGAUCUCAGAUGAAGAGAAAAAUAUCUGUAAACAUUUAAUUUUAUUAACUAACUAUAUUGUGCAAGAUAUUUUUUAUAAUUUAAUAAAUAAUUUUAUAUUAAAAAAAAUAAAAGAAAAAAAAUAUGAAAAAGAAGAUCUUUUAGAAGAAGAUAUAAAGUGGGAAUUAUUAAUGAAUAAACAAGAGAAUUCCAUAUUUAAAAGAAGAUAUAAUUUUUUUAUUCAUAAAUCAAAAAAUAUAGAAUUACAAAUAAAUCAAAUGCAAAUUCAAAUCAAUAUAAAUAAUUCCUAUAUAGUACAAUUAGAAAAUUUACUUAAACAAAAUAAUAUACCUUUUGAGCCUUAUAUUAUAUCACAAAGAAUGUUUGAUAAAUCAUUUAAUGAUGUAAAUCACACAAUAAAUAAUAGUAUGCUUCUAAAUUUUAAUACAUCUCUUAAUAUGACAUCUAAUUUAAUGACAAAUACAUCACAAGGAAAUAAUAUAAACAAUUCUUCCUUAUUAUCAGGUAUCAACACAACAUCAUUAUUUGAUAAUAAAUCUGGAUCAACAAAUUUUUUUUCAACUAAUAAUAAUAUGUUAAAUCAGGCAAAUAAUAUAUCAACCACAGGUGGUUUAAACAUUAAUAAUAAUAAUAAUACUAAUACUAUUAGUAGUAGUAAUAAUAAUGUUGGUUCACCUGUUUCUAUGUUUGGAUCAACCAAUUUAUCUCCUUCUUUGGAUAAAAGUAGAACCGAUUAUGUUUCAUCUAUGAGAAUUGCUUCUCAUUCACAAGAUACAAACAGAACAGUAAAUAAUACAAAUAGUGGUGGUAAUAUAUUUUCUUCAUCCUUAUCGAAUCCAUUAAAUCAAGGAAUUACAAAUACAAAUAAUAUGUUUAAUACAUCAUCAAAUGAUAAUAACCCAACAAAUAUAAAUAAUAAUAAUUCUUCCUUGUUGAAUACUUCAAAUAAAUUAUUUGGAACAACAACAACAACAAAUACUACAUCCUCAUCAAAUUUUUUAGGAACAAAUAAUAAUAUAUCAUCUGGAAUUUUUGGUUCCAUGUCUAAUAAUACUAAUGAAAAACCAAAUUUAUUUUCUGGUGUUAAUCAAAAUAAUCUUUUUGGUAAUACAAAUAUAUCAAGCAAUCCAACUUUAUCAUUAAAUAAUAAUACAAUUGGAAGUAAUAUAAAUAAUUCUGGACAGAAUUUUUUACAGAAUCAAAAUAAUUUAUUAACAAAUCAAACAUUAAAUACUAGCAUAUUCGAUAACAAAAAUGUUUUAAGUUCAAAUAAUUUAUUAUUAUCUGGUCAACAACAAAAUAAUACAUCUUCAUUUUUAAGUAAUUUGCGAACAAAUACUUUAUCACCUUCUUCAGGUUCAUCUAUUUUUAAUCAAUCAAAAGAUUUAAUGACAAAUAAUAAUAAUAUGAAUUUAAAUAAUAGUAGUAGUAAUAUGAAUACACUUUUUGGUGCUACUAAUACACAAUCGACAUCAAGUAAUAUCUUUUCAUCAAAUAAUAAUAAUAUUUUUUCAACAAAUGCAAGUACAAAUAAUAUGUCUUUGUUUAAUAAUCAGAAUGUUUUAAACAAUAAUAUGUUUACAUCUACGAAUAACAUGAACUCUAAUAGUAAUAUUAAUAAUAAUAAUAAUAAUAAUAAUAUUAAUAAUAAUAAUAGUAAUAGUAAUAAUCAGGUGCCGUCGUUAUUUUCUAAUAUGACAUAUAAUAUGUAUAACAAUAAUAAUAAUAUUAAUAAUAAUAAUAAUAAUAAUAAUAUUAAUUUACCCCAAUUUAAUAAUAUAGAUGAAUUAAAAAAAUAUUAUGAAGAUUUAAAAUUAAAAACAAAUGUAUUAAAUACUGAAGUAUAUAAAUACAAAAUAGAACUAAAAAAAAAUGAAUAUAAUUUAAAUAAAGAAAAGAAGAUUCAAUUAUUAAAAGAAAAUAAAUUAAGAGAAAAUAAAAGUAAAUCCGAUAUAAAUUUUAAAGAUAGUGAAAUGUAUAUAUUGAUUAUUUUAGUAUUCAUGUAUUUUAAAUUAAUAUUAAAAGGACCACUUCCAAAUGAUAAUAAUAAUAAUAAACAAUUAAAUCGUGUAAUGAAUGAGAGAUAUGAUUAUUUGUGUGAUUUUAGACCAACAAUGUAUUUAUUUGAACAAAUAUUAGGAGAAUCUAAUAAAUUUAUGACUCUUUUUUUUAAUAUAAUUUUCUUAGAUAAUAUUAUUCAUGAAGAAAAUAAAAAUAUGGAAGAAUUAUUAUUAAAAUGUAAAAAUUAUUGUGAUUUUAUAAAUGUAUGUAAUCAAGAAAAAUCCAUUUUUUUAAAAAAAAAAAAUCUAUAUCAUGAUACUAUGACUAAAAAAACAGAUAAAAAAAAGGAGGAGGAUCAUAAAGAAAAUAAUAAUGAUAACAAACAAGAUUAUAAAAAUGGAAGUAAUAAUAAUAUCUUUACAUCUAUGACAUCUGAGGUCUUUUUUAAAAAAAAAUUACAAUAUUUAACGUGUUCUUAUUCUAAACAAUAUUAUAAUUCUUUAUUUUUUUAUAAAAUAAAAUCUUUAGGACUAGGAAUAUUGAAACUAUUGUUUGAAAGAGAUGUUCUGUUUAUUCAUAUGUAUAAAUUAUGGAGGAAUGAAAAAUUACUUCAAAAGAAAAUGGAAAAAUAUAAAUUCGAUCUUAACAUUAUAGAUCCUAAUAAUAAAAAUGAUAAUAUUAAUAAAAAUGAUGAUAAUAAUAAAAAUGAUGGUAAUAAUAAAAAUGAUGGUAAUAACCAAAAUGAUGGUAAUAACCAAAAUGAUGGUAAUAACCAAAAUGAUGGUAAUAACAAAAAUGAUGAUAAUAAUAAACAUAAUGUAAAUAUUAAAAGAAGAGGACGAUCAACAGAAUUUUUAGAAAAAAAAUUUAAUAUGACAGAAUCUGUAUGCUCUCCUAUAUGUGUUCAUAAUUUUUUAUUUAAAAAUAUUAAUAUAAAUUCAAGAACGACUUAUUUAAUUUUAUUAUUAAAGAACUUUUUUAGAGAUAAUGAAAUGAAUAAAGUGAUAAUAUAUUUUAUUCUUCAAAUAUUUAUAAGAGAUUGUAAAACCACUAUUAAUAUUUUAAAAAGAGAUAAUGAAUCUUUUAAUUUCUUGAAAUAUGCCUUGAGAAGUAUAUUUAUUUAUAAUUUGAAUAAACAAAAAUUUAAUAACUGUUUUAUUAUAUCUAAUAGGACUAUAAAAAUGAAAAAUAUCAUAAACAAUUUUAUUGAUUUACCUCUUUUAUAUUUUUUAAAAAAUUCAAAGGAUAUGAAAAAUAAAAUAUUGCCCAGAAUUUUGAAGAAUAAUUUGGAUAAGCAGAUAGACUCUGAUCACUUGGAAAAUAAAAAGGGUGUAUUGAAUACGAUUAAUUGGUUAUCUUAUAUGAAUAAGGAUGAUUAUGAGGACGUGCAUAAAGCAAAUAAUGUUGAUGAUGCUGACAAUGAUGAUGACAAUGAUGAUGACAAUGAUGAUGAUGACUAUGAUGUUGAUGAUGAUGAUAAUAAUGAUGAUAAUAAUGAUGAUAAUAAUGAUGAUAAUAAUGAUGACAAUAAUGAUGACAAUAAUGAUAAUGAUGACAAUUAUUAUGACUAUGAUAGCGAUAAUAAUGACGAUUUUUUUUAUGAUAAGCACAUACGUAAUAACCUAAAAAAGAAAUCAAACAAUGCUACCAAAAAAAGUAUACUUCUUUUAAACCAUGAAAUGUAUAAGAAUAAAAUGAAAUAUAUGAAUAAUAAAAAAAAAUUAAGAUAUAAUAAAUUAAACAAUAAUAAUGGAGAUAAUAAUAUUGAAUUCGAUGAGAAUGUUGAUUAUAAUGGAUUUAUAUCUAAAUAUAAAAAUAUGAAAUUAAAAGAAAAAUAUGAAUCUAAAUAUAUUUAUGAUUAUUUAUCAGAUAAUGAUUUAAUAGAUACAAUUAAAAGUAAAAAGAUUUGUGUUUUUUAUGAUAAUAAAGAAAAAGAAGAUGAUAAUGAAAAUUUUUCAUUAUAUAAUUCAAUAUCAGAAAGUUUUAAUGAUGGGUAUUCUAAAAUAGAUUAUUAUAAUGAAAUAAAAUCUAUAGAUUAUAAUAUUGUAGGAUAUUGUAGUUCAUUUAAUUUUUUACCUAUUAAUAAUUUUUAUACUGAAAAAUAUGACUUUAUAGAAAAUGAAUUAGUAUAUAUGAGUGAUUUAAAAUUAUAUUUCUAUGUAAAAUCUUUUAAACGUCAUACUUAUUUUAAGAAACUUUUAAAUAUUGAAAAUGUAGGCAAAAAAAAUAAUAAUAAUAAUAAUAAUAAUAAUGAUGAUGAUAAGGAAGAAGAAGGCAUUUAUAAAAAUAUGGAUGAUAUAGAUUAUUACAAUAUGGAUGACCAAGAUAAUAUUAUAAAUAGUAAUAUAAAGAGUGACAAAUAUAUAAAUAAUAUAUAUAAUAUAAAUAAACAAAGUAAUCUUUAUGAUGUAAAUAAAAAAAUGAAUACAAAUCAUGAUAUGAAUUUAAAUGAUAAUACAAAUAGUAAUAGAAAACAAAUGGAUGAAUUAAAUGAAGCUAUAUCAUAUAUUAAAAAUGAUAAUUAUAUAAAAACAGAUGCUACAAAUAAUAUUGAACAAAUUAUAGAUAAUGAAAUUAAAUAUUAUGAUUUCUUUAAUAAAUUAAAUAAAAUGAAUGAGAAUUUAUUAUUUUCUAAUAUUUUACAAAAUAGUAGAGAAGAUAAAAUGAAAUAUUUAGAAUAUAUAAAAAAUAUAGUAGAAAAUGAUAAUACAAAAGAUCCCAACAAUAUCAACAAUAAUAAUAUUAAUAAUAAUAAUAUCAACAGUGAUAAUAUCAACAAUAAUAAUAAUAAUAAUAAUAAUAAAUUAAAUAACAAUUUAUUACAUCCUUUAAUCGAUUUGCUACAAGCCAAAAAGAAAGAAACAGAAAAAAAAAUUAGUAAUGAAUUAAGAAAAAAAAAUAUUUUUAUGAAUAAUGAAUUGUGUGAAUGGAUUGAACUAAGUCAUUUAUUAAAUAUAGAUGUAGAUUAUAAUGAUAUUAGAAAUAUAAAUAGAAAAAAAAAAAUAUUAAAUAAUUAUAGUAAGACACCAAUAACGAAAUUAAUAUUAUAUUUUUAUGAAAUUAUAACAAGGAAAUAUUUAUUCUUAAAUAAUUCCAAUUUAAGUUCAAGUUCUAGUUCAGAUUCUUUGAUAGAAAAUUGUAUACUAUCUUUAUUAGGUCUUUCAUUUAUACCUUCAAAAAAUGUAGAAAAAAAAAGAACUAUGGCAUCUAAUAUCGAAGAAGGUUUGGAGUUAGAAAAUGAAUGCUUCUUAAAUUGUCUAAUAAAUGAUAUUGUAAUUCAAUUUUCUAGUUAUGAUAAUAUAUCAGAGUUAAUUUGUGCCGAUUAUUAUGAUGAAAAGGAUUUACCUGAUAGAUGUAAUAGAAAAUCUAAAUAUAAUGUAUUAAGAGAUGUAGAGAGAAAGAAAGGGGGUAUAGUUAAGAAUACAAAUGGGAAGGAUUUACACAAUAAUGAUAAUGAUGGUGAUGGUGAUGAUAAUGAUGUUGAUGGUGAUGAUAAUGGUGAUGGUGAUGAUUAUAAUAAUGAUUAUAAUAAUGAUUAUAAUAAUGACAGUAGUGAUGGUGAUAAUUAUAAUAUACUGAGAAAAAGGAAUAAAUGCUUUGAUGAUAAAAAAUAUUAUAGUUCUAAGCUUUUAAAAAAAUAUGAAAGUAAAGAUUAUUAUAAAAAGAAUAUAUUUUUAAACAAUAUUAAUAACAUAAAACAAUAUAAUAUUUUUGAGAAGAAUUCUUAUUUUAUUAAAAGUUUAAAUAUUAUUUAUAUGUUAUCAAGAAAUAAAAAAAUGAAAGAUUAUAUUAUCAGUUUUAUAAAUAAAAUGUGGAUAAAUAAAUUUAAUGUAUUUUAUUAUAUAACACAACAUGUAAAUAUUCAAAAAUUAAAAGAUACAGAAAAAAUAUUAUUUUAUAAAAUAUCAUUUCAUAUGUUAAAUAUAUUUAUACCUAUAAUUGAUCAUAUAUUAAAUAAUAUAGAUAAAUAUGUAGAAUGUUUUAUGAAUAUAAAUUUGAUAAGUGAUACCUCUGAGAAUAACAAUCAGGAACUUAAUUAUAAACAACAUGAUGUAAAUAAAGAUGGUAUUAAUAAUAUAGAUAAUUUUUCUGUCCAACAGAAUAAGAUUCAAAAAGAAAAAGAAAAAGAAAAAAAAAGAAAAAAAAAUUAUACUAAUAAUAUAUAUGAUAUUAUUAAUGAAGACAAUUUUCAUGAAAACAAAAAUAUUUUUGAAUUUUUAAAUCCUAUAUUUAAUUAUGAUAAUAUACAGAAUUUUAUAAAUCAUUAUAUACAUAUUAUAAAAAAUUAUAAUGAUACUUAUUUAAAACAUUAUAUAUAUCAUUAUUAUUUAUUUAAUUAUGAUUUCUCUUUUCAAAAUGUAUAUAACUAUUCAAACAUUGAGCAUAUUCAUUAUAUAAAAAAUGAUUCCAAUCCUUCUCAAUAUAAUAAUAAUAUUAAAAAUAACAAUAAUCAUAAUAAUAUGUAUAAUUUGAAUAAUACUCCUAAUAAUAAUGUAAAUUUAUUAUAUACUAGUAUUAUUAAUACCUAUGUAAAUUUCUGUAUGUGUUCAACAAAAUUUAAUCAAUAUAAUAGUAGUAAUAAUAAAUGUAUUUCUCAAUAUAAGUUUUUAUAUGAUAACUAUUGCAUGUAUAAUAAUCACAGAUAUGCAAGUAAUGAACUAGAAGAAGAUGGAAUUGGAUUAAAUAAAAAGAAAGAUAAAAAAAAAAAAAAAAAAAAAAAUAUACACAAUAAUGAUAUGUUUGAUAAUUAUUAUGUGAAUAAGAGUGAUGUAGAUGAGAUGGAUCACAUAAAUGAUUCUCUGAAUUGUAAUAAUAAUAAUAAUAAUAAUAAUGAUGAUAAUGAUGAUAAUGAUGAUAAUAAUGAUGGUUGCUUGAACUUUGAACAACUGAAUGAAAUUAUUGGAAAUCAUACAUAUUUAAAAAGUUUUUUAAACAAAUAUUAUUUAAAUAAAAGUUGUAUUAAUUAUAAGGAGAGAUUAGAAGGAAAGAAAAGAAUACGAGAAGAAUUAAAAGAAUAUUAUUAUUUACAAAAGAAUGUAUAUAUAUAUAAUAGUUUAAAUUAUUUAAAUAUUAAUUAUAAAAAUUGGUUAUUAGUAUAUAAAACAUAUAUAGAAAAAAUUACAUAUUUGAUUGAUAUAGUUUUAAAAAUUAAAAGUAAUACUAUAAAUAAGAAAAUAUAUUAUUUAAAGAAUUAUUUUUAUAUAAUAAAUAAUAUUCAAAAACAUUUAAAAAAUAUAACAUUUGUUAUAAAAUCAUCUUAUUAUAUUAAUUUCAAUAUUCAAAUAACUCCUAUAUUAUUUAUUGUAUAUUUAUUUAUUAGUAUAUUUUUCUUUUCACAUAAUAAAAAAUUUGCAUUCACAUAUUUAUCACAUAUUAAUAAAGGAUUUCAUAAUUUAUUUAAAAAUAAAAAGAAUUUCAUGUUGAGGUGUAUAGAAAGAAGUGAUAAUGAAGAUGAUCAUGAUCAAGAUAAAGAGUGGAGAGAACAAGAGAAGCAAAAAAGCAAGACCAAAAAAAAACUUUUAGAAGAAAAUGAAAAAUUAGGAAAUGAGCAAGAAUAUAAGACAGAUGGAAAAAAUAAAAGUAAUGACAACAACAAAAAUAGUGAUAACAAUGAAAAUGAUAACCAAGAAAAUGAUAAUAGUAAUAAAUUUGAUAAGUUUAGAAUUGAAAAUAUAAAAUAUAAUAAAAAAUUAAAAAUGUCUAAUCUGUUUUCAAGAAAAAUUUUGAAUAAAGAAUUUCAAGGAAAUAUAUUAAAUAUACCUCAAAAAAAAAUUUACAACAAUUCAAAUAUAAAUAUUAAUGAUACAUAUCCAUAUAUGGAUAUACGUAAUAGUGUUCAUGAAAUAAGUAGUAGUAAAAAUAAAAAUUUCCUUUCUUUAAAUGAUAUAAAUGAUAAUCAUAUAAAUAAUGAAAAUUAUCUUAAUCAUCAUAAUAAUAAUAGUACAUUUUUUAGUGAUAGUUAUUAUUAUAUUAAUACAAAUAAAAAGCAUUUAAAGAAAAAAGAUAAUAAUAUAUUAUCAAAUGGAAUAUCUCACAAUAAUAAUAAUAAUAAUAUAUAUUUAGUUGAUGAUUUAUAUGAUAAUUAUCCUAACAAUGAAAAGAUAUAUUAUGAUGUUCAUAAUGAAUAUUCAAAAUUAAUAUUAAAAAGUAAUGAAUUUUUUGAUGACUUAUUAGAAUUAUUAAUAAUAUUAAUAACAAAAAAGCACCCUAUAUUAAAUAAAUAUACUAUUAUAUAUAUAUAUGAAUGUUUAUAUACACUAUUAAAUAUAUAUCACUACAACAAUAAUAAUAAUAAUCAUCAUAAUCAUCAUAAUAAUAAUCAUAAUAAUAAUAGUUAUGGUUAUUAUAAUAUGUCUAAUAAUAAUGACGAUUUUAAUAAUAUAGGACAUACAAAAAAUAUGUUCUUAUCUUUAAUAAGAAGAAUUGAUCAGAAUGUUUUGAGCGAAUUUAUAAGUACAUUAUUUAUUGAUUCUUAUAAAAAUUUUUAUAUAAAUAGAAAUUCGAUAAUACCUAUAUAUUUUUAUAAUAACAUUUAUAAGUUUAUUGAUUAUAACACUGAAGUUUUUAUGUAUUAUGAAGGUAAGAAGAAAAUAUAUAAUACAAAUAAUAAUGAUAAUAUUAAUAAUGAUAAUAUUAAUAAUGAUAAUAUUAAUAAUGAUAAUAUUAAUGAUGAUGAUGAUAUGUCUUAUUAUUAUCGUAAAGGACGUACUAAUAAAGGAGAGUUAUUUUAUAAAAAAAAGAAGAAUUAUAAUGCACAAAAAAGUGUACACUUUUUAUUAAGAGGAGAAAGCAAUCAAAUAAAUAAUACAAACCAUAAUGCAAAUAAAAAAAAAUCGAAUUUUUUUUCGAGAAGAAGUCAAUUGUUUACAGAUACAGAAGAUUUAUUAGAUAGAAAGAAAAAAAGAAAAUAUAAAGGAAGAGAAAAUAAAUAUGCUAAAUAUGAUAGUGAUAUAAAUUAUGACGAUGAUAUGUAUGAUGAUGAUGAUGAUAUAUAUAAUAAUAAUAAUAAUAAUAAUAAUAAUAUUUAUAAUAAUAAUGGUGAUAAUAAUAUAUGUAAUAGUUUUAAUAAUAAACUUACUAAUUUUAAUUUAAAAAAUGGACUUAAAAAUAAAAUCCAUCUUAAUAAUAAAAGUUUGAAUAUAUAUGAAGAAUCUUAUUGUUGUAAUUUUUUAUAUAAUAAGAAUGAUUUAAAUCUUAUGAGUAUAAAUUUAUUAAUAUUUUUAUUAAAUAAAAUUGGUUUAUAUGAAAUAGAUAUAAAAAUAGAUGAGAAUAAUAUAAAGAAUUUGAUUAAAGGGAAUUUAUUUUUAUUUCAUCAACAUUUAAAUAAACAACUAGAAAAUAAAAUUUUACACACAUGUUUUUUAUUAUGUGCCUUAUGUGAUACAACAUAUAUAAAUGAGUUUGUUUUUAAAGAGGAUUUAUUUAAUUUAUUUUUAAAAAGUAAUAUAUUUGAUAAUUUAUAUGAAUAUAAAUUUAAUAAUUUAUCAUCAAGUAUUUCUUUUUUAACCUUCCCUACAAACUUUUUAGAAAAUAAAAAUAUAUACAUCCCUUUGCCUGUCCUUAUUAUUGCAUAUAUAACAGUUAUAUUAAAAGUUGUAGAUAAGAAGGGAUUAUAUUUAUUUAAUAUAAUAAGUAAAUGGAUUUUAAAAAAUAUUAAUAUUUUUAUAAAUCAUUUAAUAAUUAAUAAUUAUUUAAUGAAAUCAAAUGAAAUAGCUCAUGAGGUUAAUAAUUUUACAACAAAUAAUCAUAAUUUAAUUUAUAAAUGUUUAUGUUAUUCUUCUACAUGCAAUUUUACAAAACAGAGAAGAAUUAAUUCAAGUUAUUAUAAUAAUAUCAUGAUGCAUGUUGAUAAAUCAAAAAAAAAUAAUUACUCAAAGAAAGAUUUUUUUCACAUGAAAGAUAAAAAUAAUCACAUUAAUAAUAUUAAUAAUAUUAAUAAUAUUAAUAAUAUCAAUAAUAUCAAUAAUAUUAAUAAUAUUCAUAAUAAUCAGCUACUUUUUGAUAGUUUAUAUAAAGAAGAUAUACAUGCUGAUAAAAAUAACUCAGAAGAAUAUAUUAAUCAUGCUAAUGUAGAUGUUCUUAAUUUAGAUAUCAUUUAUUCCAGCACAUAUUAUUUGUUGAGACUCUAUAAAAACUAUCUCCUCUACAUACAUCAGAAUUAUUUAGGAAUGAAGAAAUUAAAAAUUGCUGAAAUGAAUAAAAUCAAACAAGAAAGACGAAUAUUGAAAAGUAAAAAGAAAAAGAAAACAAUGACAGAGGACAAGAAAGAUGAAUUAAUAGAUUCGGAUGAUUAUGAGGAGGAACAUGAAAAUGUAGAUGAAGAGGAGGAAGAUUAUGAAGAUGAUGAUGAAGAGGAAGAAGAAGAAGAAGAAGAUUAUGACGAUGAAGAGGAAGAAUAUUAUGAUGAUAAUGACAAUAUGUUUGAUAAAAAUGUAAGAAAAAACGUACGUAAUAUAAAAAGUACAUAUAAUACCCAUUUAUAUAAAGAAAGAAAAAAUAAUUUUAUUUAUAAUAAUAAUGAUGAUAACCUAUUUAAGACACAGAAUGAUUAUGAUAGAUAUACCAGAAUAUAUAAUAAAAACAAAUUAAAUAAUUUAAAUAAUUAUUAUGAUACAUAUAAUAAUACUGAUGAAGAUUAUAAUAAAAAAUUUAUAAAAGAUAAUGAAAAUUUUGUAUUAGAUAAUACAUUAAAAUUUGAAUUUAAUGAAAUAUCCUUGAAUAUAUGUAAUAUAAUUAAAGAACAUACAUAUAUACUUCAAUAUAUAAAAGAUCUUUUAAAUAUAUUAUCUAUAUUUGUUAUAUAUGAUAUAAGUUUAAAAGAUGAAAAUGAUCUAUUAAAUAAAAAUUUAAAUAAUAUUGCAUUAGAAAAAAGAAAAAAAAAUAUUAGAACACAUAGAAUAUUACAAAAUAUUAUACCUAAAUAUUCAAUCAAAUUUCAUUGUAUUAAUUUAUGUUUAGAUAUUAUAGAAUAUGAUAUAGGUUUAUAUGAUGAAUAUGUUCAACAAUCAAAAACAAAAUAUUAUGAAUAUAUUAAAAUUAUUUUAAAGGUUUUUAUGAAUACAUGCUUUUAUUUUAUUAAUAUUAUUAAAUAUGAAAAUUUCCAUAUGUUGAAAAGUGUAUCGAUGGCUAUGAAAAAAUUAACAAAUAUUAUUUUCUUCUUAUUAAAUAAUUUAACAAUAAAAGAAAAAACAAAUGAUAAUAAAAAUCAAACACUUUUAAAUAAAUUUAUAUAUGAUAAAAGUGGAUUCAAAAAAAAUGCGCAUGAAAUUACUACAGAAUUAUUUAAUACAGAUUAUAAUAUAUUUAAUGAUAAAAAAUAUACAUCAGAUAAUAUUAAAAAAUUCCUUGAAAAUAUAGAAAUUGAUAUUCUUGUUCUCAAAAAAAUAUUAACAUGUGUUAUUUAUUUUACAUAUGCUAUGUUAAGUAAUCAAAAAGUUAAUAAAAUUAAUAUCGAACAUAUCAAUUUAAAUCAUAUCAAUAAAAUUAAUUUAAAAAAAAUUGCAAACAAAUAUUUAGAAAAUAAUAAUAUAUUGAAAGUAUUCACAUUUAUUCUACAAAGAUCUACUCAAAUUUAUUAUCUUUUAUAUAAUUACGCCUCCAAAUCAUAUACCAAAUGA